AUGAUGUGUCGGCACAAUUUAACAGAUUUUAAUUUUGUCGCUCAAUCAUCCUACAGAAAAGACCCCGGCUCAGUCGUCACCGCAAGUGCAGCGAAUUUUCCGGCCGUGAUUGGCAAUGGCAUGUCCUUAGCUUUGAUAACCCUGGCACCAUGUGGCAUACUGCCCGCACACAUCCACCCAAGGGCCGCUAAUUACGUUAUUGCAACAAAGGGUUCGACCAAGACAUAUUUUUAUGAAGAAAACGGCGCCAAGCUCAUCGUCAAUACACUUACGCCGAAUACUAUGACGAUAUUUCCUCAAGCGGCCCUUCAUACGAUGUUUAAUGAGGGGUGCACUGAGGCUACGCUUGUGUCGGCACUCUCUAGCGAGGAUCCUGGCACGUUGACGUUUGCAAAUUCACUUUUUGAGUUACCUAUUGAUCUUGUUAGUAAUGCGUUUGGAGGGGAUAUUUCGAGCUUUAGAAGUAGGGUUCCGAAUCUUGCUAGCAAUGCGAUCGCGGGAACGAGGGAUUGUAUUGCGAGGUGUCGUAAGUGA